AUGAAGCUAGACGUUCACUUGCCCAGUGGUAGUGGAUGCUCCUUCUCCUUCGCGCCGGACACGCCCGUCAGCGAGCUGAAGGCUGCAGCGCAGCAGCAUUUCCAGCGCCGCCUGAAGCUCAGUGCGCAAAAUCGGCCGCUGGAGUUGACGGCCACGCUGGGCGAGGCCGGCUUGCGAGAUGGGGACUUGGUGCAGGCGCUGAUUCAGCCCGUCAAGCUUGCAGCCACAGCUUGGGCAUUUGCCUUGCAUGUCGCAGGGGGUGAUGGUGUGGCCUGGGGUCUGCCAGACAGAGGGGGAGACAGCAGCCAGGUGCAAGAGCAGCUGAGGAACGUCCGGCAAAUUCAAGCUACUUCUCGAGGUGCGUUUGCCGCCAUUCUUGAAUCUGGAGCUGUCGUGACAUGGGGUGAUCCGCGUUACGGUGGAAACAGCAGCCAGAGCAGCUGA